CCACUGCGUCAAUAUUCCUGUUCGCUUUGAUGCUGCUUUAUUUGUCAAAAUGGCAGAUAAAAUCGUUCAUUCGUGCUUGUUGUCCAAGAUUGCYAUCRSUCUAUCGGUSGUCAGUUUGUUGUUAUGCUGUGGUGUGUUUUUACGAACAGAAUUAAUGCUAAACGAGCUGUAUUCAAGAGACAUCAAGCUGCCAGACAAGAUGACUUCAAAACACCACAUAAACAAUGGCAUGGAUCGUCUCGACAAAGAUCAUCGUUCAAAACGAACAUUAGAGAAACAAGAAGCAAAACAAAAUCAAGAGAUUCUAAGAAGAAAUGCAAGAGAUGUCACAACAGCAAACAAUAACACUAUAAAACUGCUUACUCGUAUAUUAUCCCAGAAAAUGCGUCAAGAGGUCCGAAAAACACUUCACACUAACAGUUAUAAGAUUCUAAUAGCAGGACCCCCCGGCCCACCGGGGAAAACCGGUCCUAGAGGACCGAGAGGAUUCACUGGAAAAACUGGACGUCGAGGAAAACGAGGACCACGUGGUUUUCCUGGAAAAAUUGGACUUCCUGGUCCAAGAGGAAUAACAGGACCAAAGGGACCAAAGGGACCAAAGGGAGAUCGUGGUCCUUCCUUAGCACGUCCAACAGUACUCAUUUCACCAACACAUCUCAUCGUCAAUGAAARCCAGUCCGCCAUCUUACAUUGUUCGUCUAGUGGUUAUCCUCGACCUGAUGUUGUCUGGAGUAAAAACAACGAUUCGUUACUACACACACGAGCAGUAGUUGAUAGCACUGGUAAACUUCACAUCAAACACGUGACUUCCAAUGACUCAGGAAUCUAUCAGUGUAAGGCUUCUAAUCUUCUUGGCAGCUCAGAAACAACUGCAAAACUUCAAGUGAACUUCCGCCCACGGCUGACCUUAAACAAACAAUCAAUAUACAAAAAGAUUGGUGAUAACAUUCGUCUACCUACGUGUCACGUGACUGGAUUCCCUAAGCCAAAAGUCACGUGGUCGAAGGUUAUUGGUAAUCAGUGGAUUUUUGGCGGGUUGAAAAGCCUGCUGAGUCCGCGUUUUGUUCUGAGAGAUGGAAUUAUAACUAUAAUUAAAGCGAAGAAAGAAGAUUCGGGGACAUAUGUUUGCAAAGCUGAAAAUCGUCUUGGUUCUUCUGUAGGAUCUAUUAUGGUAAAUGUUAUCGAUCUGCCUGUGUUUGUUGUCAAGCCACCCACGUCGUAUACAAUUCUUUCAGAGAAAACUUUAGUGUUGAACUGCACCGCUAAAGGUGACCCUCAGCCUGUCAUUAGUUGGAGAAAAGACAACGGUGUUCUUCCUGUUGGUAGAUAUGAAGUGAGAGAUGGCUCUUUGAUUGUAAAGAACGUCAAGAAAGCAGAUUCGGGUGUGUUUGUGUGCAUUGCUACGAGUGCUGGUGUGUUUGAUACAGAAUCUAGAACAACGCUGACUGUAUACCAUGCAAAGGAUUGCACAGAUCUUUACAAAUCAGGAGAGAGACGUAACGGUGUUUACACAGUUAAACCAGACAAGCAGCCUGCAUUUCAAGUCUACUGUGACAUGACAACUGACGGYGGGGGKUGGACUGUGWUMCARMGAAGACAAGAUGGAUCGGUUGAUUUCUAUCGCAAUUGGCAGCAAUACAAAACAGGUUUUGGAAACCUGAAUGGCGAGUUUUGGUUGGGUAACGAUUACAUCCAUCGACUGACAGCAAGAAMARCRUCGAKUCUGCGCGUUGAGUUAGAGGACUGGGACGGAACUAGGAAGUAUGCCAAAUAUAGUAGUUUUAGUAUCGGUGAUGAAUCAGACAAGUACAAGCUGUUGGUUGGCUCGUAUUCAGGUACUGCUGGGGACUCGUUAACAUAUCAUAAAAACAUGGCGUUUAGUACAAAAGAUAGAGAUAACGACAAAGACAGUACGCACUGUGCUUUGGUUGAUACCGGGGCCUGGUGGUACAAUGGAUGUCAUUAUUCUAAUCUGAAUGGGAAGUACCUUGGAAAUAAUCGCGAUUCUUGGAAAGGAAUCAUUUGGUACCAUUUUCAUAGAAGUAAACAAAGUUUUAAGAUUUCUGAAAUAAAAAUGCGAACGAGUACAUUUUAAUAAUUGACUAGUACUGUAAGACAACUCUGAACUGAGUUACUGUUGUUGUAUCGAUUGCUCUUAUAACUAGACGCAUGAACGCGGGGUUCUGCUGGUAAAAAUCUACUAGUAAAUCAAUAUAUUAGUUAAAUUUCAGUGUAUCCAUAAAAUUUGAUUUGUAUGAC